AUGAUCAAGCAAGUCUGUGCCGCGGUUUGCACCGUUUUUUCUAUUGCCUAUUCCAGCUACUACCUGCUGCACCUGACUCGUCACCUCACACGUGCUUGGAGACAAGACGGUCCUUUGCUCCACAGACGCCCUGCACGUCAGCGUGCCGCCCGGCAGCCCCAGAGGAGAGAGGAGCAGAGCCUGAAGAGCCUGAGGGGCAUUGUGAGUCUGGGCCAGCCGACACAGAGGUACACGGCAUUUGAAGAACUUGGACGAGGGGGAUUUGGAGCUGUUUAUAAAGCCCUCGAUGCCAGCACGGGACAACAGGUGGCCAUCAAGAAAAUUCGCCUUCAUGGGAAGAGAUCCGAGGAGCUGGCUGUCAAUGAAAUCCUGGCCAUGAGGGACAACAGGAAUGCCAAUAUUGUCACCUACUUAGACAGCUACCUGGUCCAUGGGGAACUCUGGCUGGCGAUGGAGUUGAUGGACGGCGGCACGUUGUCAGAUGUGCUCAGGGCAGUGUACCUGGAGGAAGGACAGGUCGGCGCUGUCUGUCGGGAGUGCCUACAAGGACUGCAUUUCCUUCACUCCCACCAAGUCAUCCACAGAGAUGUGAAAAGCAGCAACGUUCUUGUGGGCAUGGACGGAUCAGUCAAACUGGCUGACUUUGGCCUCUGCGCUCAGCUCAGCCCUGAGCGCAGCAAGCGCAGCUCCAGGGUGGGCACUCCCGGCUGGAUGGCACCAGAAGUGGUGAGAGGAGAAGCCUACGGCCCCAAAGUGGACAUCUGGUCGCUGGGGAUCAUGGGGCUGGAAAUGGUGCAAGGGGAAGCUCCUUUCCAGAAGGAAGUCCGUCUGAGGGUUUGUGAACUGAUAGAAAGGAACGGGCCCCCACAACUGCAGAACCCCCGGCACCACUCGGCUCUCCUGCGCCUCUUCCUGAGCUGCUGCCUGCAGGCAGACGAGGACGGGCGCUGGUCUGCCCAGGAACUGCUGGAGCAUCCCUUUGUGACUUCAGGCCAUCCUGCCUCCAGCCUGGCCGCUCUGAUCAUCUCAGCCAAGCAAGUGCGGGAAGAGCGGAGAAGAGACGUGCCGCGCCACCUGAGAGGAGUGAGAAAUAAGAAUGAAGCUAUCAAAGAUCAGGCUGAGACUCAGAAGAACUGGACCAUGCACGUGCUGCCACCUGUCAGCGUGAAUAAUCUGCUCGGAAGAGAGAAUGAGGAAGAUGAAGAUGAUGAAGUAGCCAGAUGA